GCAGAGCACGUGCCUGAAGGUGGAGGUGAGGGAAUCGGGAAGGAGGGUAAUUCAGGAGUGGAACAGAGGAGUGGAACAGGAAGUGAGGAGGGGGAGGAGAAGAAAGACAAGGGAGGAGGAGAAAUGGAGAGCCUGGGUAAGGGAGAGGAAGACCUGAAAGAGGAGGAGGAACGGGAGCAAAAUGAGAGGGAACAGGGCCAUCAGGAGGAAAGAAACAAAGGGCUGGAGGAAGGGGAAGGGAGCGAGCAAGCAGGGGGCGAAGGAGAGGAGGAGGAAGGCAAGGAGGAAGAGGGGGGAGAAGACAGAGAAGGAGAGGAGAAGAGAGAAGGGGGGCAGGAAGCAGAGGGGGAGGGGGAAGAGGAGGGGGAAGGAGGAGGAGAAGAGGAAGAGGGAGAGGGGGAAGGAGAGGAAAGGGAAAAGAAGGAGGGGGCAGUGAGCGAAAGGAAAGAGGAAGAAAACAGCAGGAGAGAAGGGGAGAAGGAAGAAGAGGAGGACGAUGAGGAAGAGGAGGGAAAGUACCAGGAGAGAGGCAAUGAAGAAAGUGGAAGGCAGGGAAGACAGGGUGGAGGAAGAGAAUCCAGCAAAGGGAGCAAGAUGAGAGGAUCUGUGAAAUAUGACAAAGAUAAAACAUAUCCAAAAAAGUUUAUUACUAACAGGGAGGGAAAGGGGAAAGAGCAUGAAGUACAGAGGUUCAAAAUGCCAGUGCAGUCAAAGCAACUCUUAGAAAAUGGGCCACCAGGUUCCAAAACAUUUUGGAAUAAUGUAUUACCACAUUAUUUGGAAUUGAAGUAA